CCGAUCUUAUACGGAAUUUCUGUCUGCAAUUUAUCCGUAUAUAGGCUUUGAACAAGGCAGUCGUCUCCACCUCUUCAAUCUCAGGGACCAACACAGACCACAUCGGAGCCGAAGAUCUCCCGAUCCGAUUCCACCUCCGUCCACUUAUCACGACAUUCAAUAACCUCAACCACUCAAUUCAUCCAAGCCUCUUCGACGAACAGAGAAAUUCUUACUGAAGCUUGAAAUCAGCCUUGCUCCCUCUAGUUACAAUGGCUUCCAAAAAGGAUAUGCGGAGGGUCGACCUCGUCAUUCCAUAUAUUAGUCCUGAGAAGGAGAAGUCAGAAGGAGACAUCUCGAGCACCAUGUCGACUACUCUGCCCAUGGCCGCUAUGUUCACGCGCAACAAGAUGGUCGGAUGGGUUUCCGUCGUCUUCUCCCUUCAGCACUGGCUCUCCGAGACUCCCGGACAAAAAAACAGUAGUGCACCAGGCUACUUUGCCGUUCUCAUGGCCCUCCUCGCUGUGGUCGUGACAUACCUCCCUCUCUUCCUCCCGCCGCCGCCCAACAGCGCAGGCACCGGCACCGAAGCCCCUGCCGCUGUGCCCCCUGCUUAAACACAUCCAUACCACUAUACCAUGAAAGAUGUACAAUCUAACCUUUAAAACCGCAUCAAUUUUUCAACUUCUGCUUGUCUUCCCACAAUUUUCUUCUCCUUCUUCUUCGAGUGGUUGGUUUGGAAAUUCGCAUAUUUUGGCCUGCUUUUACGAAAAUUAUCUUAAGCAUACCGCGCAUAAAGCGUAAUAGUUUACCGUAUUAUAUUCGAAC